CCGCAGAGAGAGGACUGAGGGCAGCACUUGUUGCUCCCUCGGCAGCACCGGCCCUGGGACACUCACCAGCAGCAGGAAUUCCGAGGCAGGAGAGUGUCAGCGGUGGUGGAUGUGUCCAUGAAUGGUCCCAAGAAAUGAUGGCCGACCAGCCGCCCCCCUUGGAAGCCACACCUCUGCUGAAUGAAGUGCCACUUCUACCUCACAUGGUCAAUGGGGACAGCAUCCAGCAGGUUAUUCUUGUCCAGGUAAACCCAGGUGAAACAUUUACAAUUACAACUGAAGAUGGGCACAUGCAGUGUAUUCAAGGUCCAGCACAUGUCCCUCUGAUGUCACCAAAUGGUUCCAUGCCACCAAUAUUUGUGCCUCCCGGUUAUGUAUCUCAGGUGGUGGAAGAAAACGGAGUCCGGAAGGUGGUGGUGGUGCCCCACUCGGAAUUCCACCCUUCCAUGCAUCCCCCUCCUCCCCCUCAUCCUGUGUGUUUUCCACAGAUCCCUGCUUUUGGUGCUGUAAAUCCCACAGUGGUGAACAGUGAAUUAAUUUCUCCUUCCUUUUUAGAACCUCGUUCCCAUGGAAGGACAAACUUCAUCCAGCGGGACGAAAGGAGUCUCAAAAUGCAGGAACACCUGAAGAAGAGACUAAAAGACAGACAAGCCAGUGGUCACACCAACAAUAAACUGAACAGUCCCCCCUCCUCACCACACAAAGUUGUUAAUUCUUCCAAUGCCACAAUUCCCAAUGGGAAUGGGAAGGGACAGCAAGGGGCAGGAGGAGCACUAAAGCAGAAGCAGAUAGGAAAAACAAAGGGCAGUCCAGAGGCAGAGAUGGGAGAAUCUGACACAGAAUCCAAGAAAUGUGAUACUCACUUGAGCAUUGGCAAACCAGUCGUUUCUGAUAUACAAGCAAGAUCAGCCGUUCUGUCCUGGAAUCUCCCAGUUAGUUCACAGAAUGGAGAGAGCCAUAGUCAUAGUCCAGCAGCAUUUACAUUUGAAGUAGCAAUAUCCAACAGUGGUAAAAAUGGAAAAUUUAAAUCUGUCUAUGUUGGGGAGGAAUUAACAAUUACACUUCCUGAUCUCAGACCAGCAACUGAUUAUCAUGCCAGAGUUUCAGCAACCAGCAGUUCCAUCAAGGAAUCCAUUUCAGAGUUGGUGAGCUUCACUACAGAGAGCUGUGAGCCAGACUGUCCUGCUGCCCCAAAGCUGAUUAACAGAACCAAAAACAGCCUGAGUUUGCAGUGGAAGUCCUCAAAUGACAAUGGUUCCAAAAUAACUAAUUUUCUUUUAGAAUGGGAUGAGGGCAAGAGCGGCCCCUUCAAGGAGUGUUACUACGGGCACCUGAAGCAGUACAAACUCACCAAACUCUCUCCCUCCACAAGAUACUCGCUGAGAUUGGCUGCUAAAAAUGAUAUUGGAAUGAGUGGGUUCAGCGAGCCGGUGUCGUACUACACGGCCGGGAUGGUGCCCCCAGCCCCAGCCCCCCCGGUGCUGCUGGAAGCAGGAGUGACCUGGAUGGCCCUGAGGUGGAUCCCACCCCCUGGGGUGUCCUCAGAUGAUUCCCUCACUUACACCUUGGACAUGGAAGAGGAAGGUUCUGGUUAUGGAUUCCAGCCCCAGUACAACGGAGAUGAGCUCUCAUGCACUUUAAGAAACCUUAGGAGGAGCACAUCCUAUAGGUUCAGGCUCUUUGCCUACAACAGUGAAGGAAAAAGCAGUCCCAGUGAGGUGGUGGAACACAGCACCAAUCCUGACAAACCUGGACCCCCCAGUAAACCAGUUGUAAAGGGCAAGAUCCACUCCCACAGUGUGAAAGUUGUGUGGGAACCUCCCAAAGAUAACGGAGGAUCAGACAUCUCUAAAUACUUUUUGGAAAUCUCGGAAGCAUCAGCUGGAGGGAAGUGGGACACGGUGUACAGCGGGGCCCAGAGGGAGCACGUGUGUGACCACCUCAGGCCCGGCACCUCCUACAGACUGCGAGUGUCUUGUGUCAGUAAAGGUGGGGAAAGCCAGGCCUCCGAUGUGACGACGGUCACGAUGUCGGCGGUUCCCCCCGGCCCCUGUCCUGCUCCAGCCCUGGCAGGCAAAGCCAAGCCCAAGGAAAUCCCUCUGCAGUGGGGCCCCCCAGCCGUAGAUGGAGGUUCUGACAUUACAGAAUAUAUUCUGGAAAUGGCAAACUCUGAACAGGAUGAACACAGGGUUGUGUAUCAGGGCCCAGCAGCUGAGUAUGUAGUGACCAACCUGCUUCCAGGGAGAACCUACUGCUUCUGGAUCCGGGCAGGGAAUAAAGUCGGGUUUGGCCCCUACUCUGACAAGGCAGAGCUCUCCACUGCUCCGGGCCCCCCCGAGCAGUGCUGCAAACCCCUGAUAACCUGUAAGAGUGCAACUUGUGCUGUGGUUUCCUGGGAGAGCCCGGCGUGCAACGGUGCAGAAAUCAUGGAAUACAGGCUGGACUGGGGCCAGGUGGAAGGAUCCAUGCACAUCAUCUACACUGGCCCUUGCCAGAGCUAUGAAGUCAAAGGGCUCACACCUGCAACCACCUAUUACUGCAGGGUACAGGCUGUGAACGUGGCUGGAGUGGGGCUCUUUGGGGAGACCAGCGUGGUGACCACCCCGCCGUCGGUGCCCGCAGCCGUGGCCGUGCUGCACCUCCUGGAGGAGGAGCAGAUGGAGAUCUCUGCUCCCUUCUCCACGUGCCUUGCAAUCCAGUGGGAAGAGCCCUGCUGCCACGGGGCUGAGAUCACAGGGUACAACAUAGAGUAUGGGGAAAAGCAGCUGGUCACUGUGGGGAGGAACACAACUCAUGUCCUGGAGAAUCUGCUGCCUGACACUCUGUACAGAAUCAGAAUACAGGCCAUAAACAGCCUUGGAGUCGGUCCUUUCAGUCAUUCCAUGAAAGCCAAAACCAAACCACUACCUCCUGACCCUCCUCAUCUGGAAUGUGUGGUCUUCAGCUACCAGAGCCUUAAACUCAAAUGGGGAGAAGGGCCCAGCAGAGCUUUAAUUACCAACCCUACACAGUUCAACUUGCAGAUGGAGGACAGGUUUGGCAGGUUUGUUACAGUUUAUAAUGGUCCCUGUCACACCUACAAGGUACAGAGGCUCAGUGAAUCCACUACGUACUAUUUCCGGAUCCAGGCCUACAACGACGCUGGAGAGGGAGGGUUUUCCCAAGUUUACGCUUUCACUACAACUAAAUCUCCACCUGCAUCUCUUAAAGCACCCAAAGCAAAUCAGCUGGAAGAAAACACUUAUGAAAUCACAUGGGAGCCUCUCCAGCCAAUGAAAGGAGAUUCCAUUGUUUACAUCCUUCAGCUUGCUGCUGGCAGAGAGUUUGAUCAGGUGUACAAGGGCCCCGAGACGUCGUUCCGGCUGCCGGGGGUGCAGUCGAACUGUGAGUACCGCGUGCGGGUCUGCGCCGGGCGGCAGAGCCAGGACCCCGCGGGCCCCCCGGAGCUGCUGGGCCCCUACAGCCCCAGCACGGUGUUCUCGGCGCAGCGGCAGGAGCAGGGCCCCCCCUGCCCCGCCGCCGGGCCGGAGCUGGCGCAGAGCGGGACGCGGCUGCGCGAGGAGCGGCUCAUCGCCAUCGUGCUGCUCUGCGGCUUCGCCGUCGUCGCCAUCCUCUUCGCCGUCGUCAUCCAGUACUUCGUCAUCAAGUAGGGCUGGGCCCGGCCCUGCUCAGCCCUUUGUACAGAAGCUCUUUCGGGUAUUUAUGGUUAGUCCUAAUGAAAAUCCUAGCUGGGAACGGCCCCGUGCGUUCCCGCCCUGCUGCUGGCUGCCACUGAGGCUGGGUUGGCAGAUCCUUUCCAAAUGCUGAGCGCACGUUUCUUGUAGAAAGGGUGAUUCUGGGUCCUCUGCAAUCAGGGUGAGCUGUCAGAGAACAGCACUAAACUGCCUUACGGUGCACGCUGGGGGUGUGCACCCUCCUCCUCUCUCCCGAUUCCAGCUGCUCGGAGAGGGAAGGCAUUGCUAGAACAGUCCUUUGCCAGCACCACCAGAGCAGCGGGAGGCGAUCGCUGUUCCAUCAGGUUUUGUUGUAGUUGAUAUCCAUGAAAUCCAGCAGCACAAGUGCUUGAGCUUAGAGCAGAACUGCAGAGCCUACUAGAGCAUACCACAUUUACUAGACUGUAGAAGGAAAGCAGAAUAUUGACUUAGUGAUAUUACUACUUUACAGUUAUUUUAAUAUUUGGGGUUCAGUAAUAAUCAUUUCAAGUGUUGGAGUAGAGGGUGCCAGUUUUUUAGAGUUUUAAUCCAAAUCAAUGCCAGCUGGAGCGUGAGCAGGACACGGAGGAAAGGCCCCUGUUGUGACCGGAACGUUCCUGCUGUCCUGAGCAGCUUUGGCCCAAUCCACAUUUCACUCUCAGUGCCUGAGAGAAAAGUAAUUCCCUGUGCAGCGUGCUCAGAACAGCACAGGUGUUGUUGUCUUCAAGGAGAAAGAGUGCAUUUAUGAUAAAUGUUACACUAUUUGGCUCAAACUGAGCAAUUUUUGUACUAUUAUUAACCUGAAAAAUAAAAAGUUCAGCCUGCUUUUGGGUGCCCUUCUAACUUAACCCCAACGAUCAAAUUGUACGUGAGAGAGCUCUUUUUAGAUAACAUUUAUACGAUGUUUUAAACGACUUGCUAUCCCAGUGGUAGCAGCUUCACAUUCCAUGGUUUUCCUGUUGGGAAUGUUCAGCCUGCUAUGAACUUGUCUGAAACUCGUCCUGGUUGGCUGGGGGAUAUUUUUGUGGACACUGUGCACUACAUUUGACUGUUGUGUUCCAUCUGCUUGUGAAUCCCUGAGGAGGAGCCUCACAGCUCCUGGCUCCGUUGGGUAAAGGUUUUGAAAGCUGGAACUCACAAAUUCCCGAUGUUUCAGGAUGGGUCUUGCCAACAGCGUUUGGAAUAUGCCACAGAAAGGUGGAUUUAGGGUGUUUUGCAAAGUCUGUGGCUCCACUUUGUACAUCAGAGCGAUGCACUUGUACGUGGGAGGGUGGAUGUGACAGAGCUACAGGCGCCGUGUUUCCAGUCAUGAAUUCACCACCUUGAGGGUCUUUCUCCUACGGCAGUUGAGGAAUAAAGUCGUGUUAGUUUGAGGCAUUGUGUUGUAUUUCAGAUGUGGAAAACCUAAAUUAUGGCCUAGUAAUGCUUAAUCCUCUUCACAGUAGAUUUAUGGUGCAAUCUGAAAUUAAUCUUUUCAAAACGUACUCUUCAUUUUGUACUCUAUUUAUUUUGAUUAAAAGUCCUGGAAAAA